AUGUCAUCUUCCAAUCCUGACGAAGGCCACGCUCUUAGACGUGGAACCGCACAAUACGAAGAAGCACGGAAUUUGUACUUCAAUAGAGAAGAGACUGACAGAUAUCCGACUGAGAUACAUGUGGCAAAGACCUCUCAGGAUGUCGUCGAAGCACUUCGCAGGGCCAGAGAGCUAAAGGUCUCAGUUGGCAUUCGAUCUGGAGGACACCUCCCUUCAAAACCCUCCUUAGUCCAUAACGGAGUUCUUAUCGACGUCAGCAACAUUAAUCACCACGUCAAAUAUGAUGAAGUCACUGAGGAGGUCGAGGUGGGCCCCGGCAUUCGCGUUUAUGAAGCCUGGAAGGCCACAGACGCCGUCGGCAGAUUCUUUCCUUUUGGGCAUGCGCCUGACGUAGCACUAGGAGGUUUCUGUCUAGCAGGCGGCCAAGGUCUCUUCAUGAGAGCAUGGGGAGCUACUAUUACAGAAUGGAUUGUUCGACUGGAGAUUGUUGUUCCGGAUGGUAGAGUAUUGAUAGCAAGCCGGACGGAAAACGCAGACCUCUUCUGGGCUGCUCGAGGCGGCGGGCAAGCGUUCUUUGGAGUUGUGACCCGAAUCUGGAGUCGGACUAUACCAAAGAAACGACUAUUCUGGCGAUCUACAACAUUCACUGUUGGCGAUAAGUUCGAAAACUUAAUCACAUUUGCUUUCGAACGAAAUGACGCUAUGCCAAGAAAGUUUACCGAGUCGGCCAUCUGCGUACUUCACCCGGAGUUGUUUGACAGUGAAGCGGCGGAAGUUGUUCCCGAAUCAUCACCUUUAGUGAUGGCUAUCAAUGUUUGCGCUUACGCCGAUACUUUGGCCGAGGCUGCUGCAAUGUUAGAAGUCUGGGACGUAGUCCCUGAGAACAUCAAAGGCUGCCUUACUGAGGAAAAGGUCACGGUAGAAGCGAGCUGGGAGGAGUUUUUCGAGCUUCAGCGACAGAUCAAUCCCGAAUCACCGGGCCAGAAAUGGGGAAUCAACAGUAUCCUCAACUGUCCUUCGGUGUCCCUUCCAAAGUUAAUUGAGGCCAUCAAGCCCGCUAUGUGCGAGUUGCCAACGAAGUCAUCUUUUGGCUGCAUAUAUAUCUGCGACACUAUCAAACCAGAUGAGGGAGAUGCUGUCUUCAGUAUUCCUCAGCAAUACUAUAUAUCAACAUUCAGUGGCUGGAAGGACCCUGCUCUUGUGCCCCGAGUACGAGAAACCAUGCGGGCCUCGUACAAAAAGGCUGGAGCAGUUGCCUGUGGGAUCUACAGUGCCGACUUUGACCAAUCCAAGAACUCCUUGCAUUCACCUAAGAUCAAAGUAUGGACGGAUUCAGCUCGUGCUCGCUUCAUGGAGAUCCGAAGGCGGUGGGAUCCUGAUAGUCUGUUUACGGGAUACAAGGCUUUCGAUAUCGACGCACAGGCGAAACCAGCUCUCUGA